CCAAUCAGGAGGCCGCUCCGUCUGCUCUCAGCCAAUCAGAGCCUCGGAUGGGACGAGGCUUCACUUCCAGCCGCGUACAGCUAAAAACAAACUCAGUCCCGUCGACAUGCCUCAGACCAACAAGUCGGUGGGUGGAGGUGGUGUCCCAGGUCAGCCAUCCACCCCAGACCAGGGUGAGCCUCCGCCCUCUCCGGAGGCCCGGCCCCAGGUGGCUGCUGGAGAUGGAGGGGGGAAGGUAUCGGUGGAUGACCAGGGAGACUCAGACAUCGUUAAAUCCCCCAGUGACCCCAAGACGUACAGGUUCAUUGAGCUGAACAACGGCCUCCGAGCGCUGCUCAUCUCCGACUACAGCGGGACUGAUCGGAGCAGGGACCAGGAAAACCCAGAGGAGCAGGAGGAGGAGGAACAGGAAGAAGAGGAGGAGGAUUCAGGAGAGGGAUCAGAGGAGGACAAGGAGGAGGAAGAGGAGGAGGCACAGGACAGUGACUUUGAGGAGGAGGACGAGGAGGCUACAGCGAAGAAGAAGAGUUCAGAGAAACAGUCUGCAGCUGCUUUGUGUAUCGGUGUCGGUAGCUUCAGUGAUCCAGACGACCUUCCCGGCCUCGCACACUUCCUGGAGCACAUGGUGUUCAUGGGCAGUGAGAAAUACCCGGCGGAGAACGGCUUCGACGCCUUCCUGAAGAAACACGGUGGGAGCGACAACGCCUCCACCGACUGUGAGAGAACCAUCUUCCAGUUCGACGUCCAGAGGAAGUAUUUCAGAGAGGCGCUGGACAGGUGGGCUCAGUUCUUCAUCUGUCCUCUGAUGAUCGAGGACGCCAUCGACAGAGAGGUGGAGGCCGUGGACAGUGAGUAUCAGCUGGCAAGACCCUCGGACUCCCACCGGAAGGAGAUGCUGUUUGGGAGUCUGGCCAAAGACGGACACCCCAUGAGGAAGUUCUGCUGGGGAAACGCUCAAACAUUAAAACACGAGCCCAGAGAGAAGCAGAUCAACACGUAUCAGAGGCUCAGAGAUUUCUGGAGGAGAUAUUACUCAGCUCACUACAUGACACUGGCUGUUCAGUCCAGAGAGACUCUGGACACUCUGGAGCAGUGGGUCAGAGACAUCUUCACCAAGGUCCCCAACAAUGAUGAACCUCGACCAGAUUUCUCUCACCUCCAGCAGCCGUUUGACACACCAGCCUUCAAUAAACUCUACCGAGUCGUUCCUGUGAGAAAAGUUCACGCUCUGAACAUCAGCUGGGCCGUUCCUCCACAAGCAAAACACUACAGAGUGAAACCUCUUCAUUAUAUUUCCUGGUUGAUCGGACAUGAAGGAGCCGGCAGCAUCUUGUCUCUACUCAGGAAGAAGUGUUGGGCUCUGGCUCUUUUUGGUGGAAACAGUGAAACGGGCUUCGACCAGAACUCCACCUACUCCAUCUUCUCCAUCUCCAUCACCCUCACUGACCAGGGCUACCAGAACUUCUACCAGGUAGUUCACUUUGUGUUCCAGUACCUGAAGAUGCUGCAGACCCUGGGUCCUCAACAGAGGAUCUAUGAGGAAAUUCAGAAGAUUGAAGCCAAUGAGUUCCACUAUCAGGAGCAGAUGGAUCCAAUCGAGUUUGUGGAGAACAUCUGUGAGAACAUGCAGCUGUUCCCUAAACAGGACGUCCUGACUGGAGACCAGCUCAUGUUUGAGUACGAGCCUCAGGUGAUCGGUGCUCCUCUGGCCCUGCUGACCCCAGACAAAGCUAACCUGCUGCUGAUGUCUCCAGAGAACGAAGGGCUCUGUGGGCUCAGAGAGAAAUGGUUCGGGACCAGCUACAGCAGCGAAGAUAUCCCAGAGGAGUGGACUGAGCGUUGGAAGGGAGACUUCGACUUGAACCCUGACCUCCGCCUCCCUGCUGAGAACCAGUUUAUUGCGACAGACUUCUCCCUGAAACCGUCGGACAGUCCAGACUCUGAGUUUCCUGUCAGGAUCGUUAACGACGAGCGAGGAGGGCUGUGGUACAAGAAGGACAACAAGUUCAAGAUCCCCAAAGGCUACAUCCGCUUCAACCUGAUCUCCCCGAUGAUCCAGAAGAGUCCUGAGAAUCUGGUCCUCUUCGACCUCUUUGUGAACAUCCUGGCUCAUAACCUGGCCGAGCCGGCAUAUGAAGCCGAUGUGGCUCAGCUGGGGUACAAGCUGGUGGCUGGAGAGCAUGGCAUGGUGGUCCGGCUGAAGGGCUUCAACCACAAGUUACCGCUGCUGCUGAAGUUGAUCGUGGACCAGUUGUCAGACUUCGAAGCAGAGCCGGGCGUCUUCACCAUGUUCUCAGAGCAGCUCAAGAAAACCUACUUCAACAUCCUGAUCAGGCCGGACCGGCUGGGCAGAGAUGUCCGUCUGCUGGUCCUGGAGCCCUGCCGCUGGUCCCUGGUCCAGAAGUACCAGGUGAUCAGCAGAGGACUGAACGUAGACCAGCUCAUGAGCUUCAUCACUGGACUGAAGUCAGAGCUGUAUGUGGAGGGGCUGGUCCAGGGCAACUUCACCAGCACGGAGUCCAGGGAGUUUCUGCAGUAUUUCACUGAGACGCUGCAGUUCCAGCCUCUGCCUGUAGAGGCCCCCGUACUGUUCAGGGUGGUGGAGCUGCCCCAGAAACACCAUCUCUGUAAAGUCAGGUCCCUGAACAAAGGAGACGCCAACUCUGAGGUCACCGUCUACUACCAGUCGGGGCUGAAGCAGGUCAGGGAGCACGCUCUGAUGGAGCUGAUGGUGAUGCACAUGGAGGAACCCUGCUUCGACUUCCUCAGGACCAAGGAGACCCUGGGGUACCAGGUUUACCCGACCUGCAGGAACACUUCGGGGGUUCUGGGGUUCUCCGUCACCGUGGAAACGCAGGCCACCAAGUUCAGCUCUGAGUUUGUGGAGGAGAAGAUCGAGGAGUUCUUGGGGGUCUUCGGGGACUGUCUGGUGGCUCUGAGUGACGAUGCGUUCAGGAACCAGGUGACUUCGCUCAUUAAGCUGAAGGAGUGUGAGGACUCUCAUCUGGGAGAGGAGGUGGACCGGAACUGGUUUGAGGUCCUCACCCAGCAGUACGUCUUCAACCGGCUCAGCAAGGAGGUGGAGGCCUUGAAGCUGUUCUGUCAGGAGGAUCUGGUCCAGUGGUUCCUGGACCUCAGAACCAGGUCCAGGAAGCUCAGCGUCCACGUUGUUGGGUUUGGGGUGGAGGAGGGUGACCCUGCCCCCUCAGACCAGAGCCCCGCCCCCUCCUCCUCCUCCUAUGGGGAGGUGAGUCUGAGUUUCCUGCCGGCCUCGUCACUCCAGGACGUCACGAUCAUCUCUGACAUCAAAGCGUUCACCUCCACCCUCCCCCUCCACCCCUACCACAAAGUCCUCCACUAGGCCCCACCCACCACAGGGAUGGUAACCACGGCAACCACUCCGUCGUCAUCCUUCUCUUCAUCCUUUUCUUCUUCUCUUCUUAUUCUGUGUGAGUGGUUGUAAUAAUGCUGCGUUCAGGUCCUGCCGGGAAAACCCCUGAUGGAUUUAGAUGUAGCCAGCUGUGGAAUAAUGAUAAAUCCCAGGGGCAUUGAAUGCAGCGUUUAGACUCAGGGCUCUGUCAGAAAUAAACACGUGUAUGUUAAUUA